AUGGCCGUCACCGCCUCUGAAGCCCACUUUGCUAAAACCCUCACCUGGUGCACCCGCCUUUUGCAACUGGCCUUUAGCAUAAUUCUUCUCGGCUCGCUCUCAUACAUCAUCGAUGAGCACCGUGAAUUUGCACGCCCGGGCCCAUAUUCACGCUUUAUCCCCUACGAAGUGAUAGUUCCUGAAGUCUUCUCUAUCUUUUCAAUCCCCAUCACUCUCUUCGGCAUUUUCGCAGUCUUCUUCUUUUCCUUCUCCGUCCAGAUUGUGGCAGCGUGUCUCGACCUUGCCCUCUUUAUCGGCUGGAUUGCUUCCAUUGGCCUAUUGCGUAACAACUUCCGUACUGAUGGGAGGCCUAACCAGUUGACGAGGUAUCUUAACGGCAUUAGACGUAGCCAUGGGGCUAGAGGACAUCAAGGUCUAAAUGGGCACUUGGUCAAGCUUAUAGUGGCGCUGGUCAUAAUGCAAAUUAUUCUUUAUUUCGUGACAGGAAUGCUUGCAAUGCUGGUCGCGGUCAACGACAGGAGGAAGAAGGCGGCGGCGAAGGUAGCCCCGGUCGUGGUGCCGGCCGCGGUGCCGGCCGCGGAUGACGGGAAGAUGUACGGUGUAGCCGACGAUGAGAAAGUUAGAGAGUUCUGGAAGGGGAGAGAUAGCAGUGAAACCGCGGUAGCUUAG